UUGGAGUGAUUUUAGGCGAAUAUGAUUAUUGAUGUAUCGAUGAAGACGAUAAUGACUUCAUGCCGUCGACAUGUCCGAUAGUUUUAGGAAGGUUAAUGUAGUGUAUUUCCACUGAUUGCUUCCCUGGGACACUGGGAACAUUCUUAAUUGGGUACGUUAAUUAGGCAGGCGGUUCGACAGUUUGGUCAGUCCCAUGCAUCAGGUCAUGCAAAACUAUACUAUUUACCAGUCUGUCUUAGAUUCAAGAGAAAAUACUGAAACUCAAGCUUAAAAUGAGCGUAAACUUCCUUUACACUACCGACAAAUGACCAAUCUAUUAAUUUUCAUUUGCCGAUGUAACAUUCGCAAACACAUCUUGGCGUAAAACAUUUGACAGGUUUGUUGAGCACAACCCUCAUAUGGGGCAAUAGUCCUGCAUUUGAAGAAAAGUUACCGUUUUGAGUAAUGGUUGACGCUCAUUCUCCAACAUCACAGGACCAACAGAAGAGGAAAUAGUUUUGCUGUAAGAACUUGGAAAACAUGGAACAAUCUUACAGAAGACAUUGUAUCUACUCCAAAUAUAAACACUUUUAAAAACAAACUGGAUAAGUUUUGGGAAAAUCAAGAUAUUUUAUAUAAUUAAAGAGCUAGUGUAAACUAACCGGAAAAUGAACGUUUAACCACAACAAUAUAAUGUUGAGUGUGGUGAAGAGGAACACUGUAUGUGGGCACAUUUUUACACAAACAGUUGUGAACGAAGUUGUAGAAAUCACGAACAUUAUCACCUCCAUUGAUAAUUAACGGCCUAUAGUGUGGUUAUUGAUAGAACACAGAUUAAUUCAUGCUCACCUAUGACAUUUGCAAGAAAGGCCGCCAUUGGUUACACUCGUCAAUGGUUAAUGGAGAACCAAAUUGAUGGAUACUAAAUUACUCAGUAUAAAAUAAACUUCAACUCUACAUACUAAUGGUCUACAGCUCUAUUGGUAACCAUGGAAACAGUCACAGGACAACCCAACCAUGAUAAUCCACAGGGUCAAAUAUUGCAUGAAGGUCAUGAAAAAGAAGUUAAGGAUACACAAGAUGAAUUUCCACAAGGUCUGAAAGAGCUGAUCAACGCCAAAAAUGUCUUUAUUAAACAGCGUUUGGAUGUAGCAGAAGCUGUCCUUUGUUGGCAGCGUCCAUGUAGAUACAGCCUGUACACAUCAGAGGAGGAUGAAGACCAUUUUCUUUAUGCACAAGAGGUUUCAGAAUGUUAUUUACGCCAGUGUUUGGGAGCAGUGCGAGGUUUUGUUAUGAAAUUCAGUAAUGCAGAGAUGCAGGAUGUGAUGAAACUACAGCGCCCUCUACGGUGUCCAUGUGGAAUCUGUUGGUGGUGGUGUUGCUGUGUUCAGGAACUCUCGAUCGAGAGUCCACCAGGAAAUCCAAUUGGACGUAUAGUAGAAGAUCGAGCCUGUUGCUGUCCAAGAUACCUGAUUUUAGAUGAUGGCGACAAUGUUGUCUUCAAUGUAGAAUUCUCCUGUUGUUUAUGUAAACUAUGUGCUGAUGUGUCUAUACAGAUAUUCGGUGGUCGAUUUGGUGAGGAACCAGUUGCGGAGAUAAGUAAAGCGUGUCGUGGUAACAAGAAAGACUGUUGUGGCACUGAGAACAACUACAUUCUUCACUAUUUGGAGAGAGACAUCCAUCUUCAGGAUAAAAUUCUGUUACUAGGUGCUAGCUUUCUAAUUGAUUACAACUUUUUUGAGCGUCAACAAAGGACAUGUUGCUGACCUAUAAUUAUAUAUCAUUUCCCUCCUUCAGAAAGAAAGGGAAUUCCAAGAUUAAACAAGAAAAGUCUGACAGACAGGAAAUUUCUAUUAUGUAUGGAUCUAUGUAUGGAUGUAUGAUUCUGUUUAAACAUUUAAAAAAAAGCCUUUUAUCUUUUAUAUAUUUUUAAUAUUAUUCUUAUCAGUCUUGCACUUAAACCUUUGAUGCUCCAUGUUUUGUCAUAUAUAUCUUCAUUAUAGUACCUACAUUUACACAAUGUUGAAGGAAGAUACAUUUCUAAUAUUCUUUAACCAAUAAUGUUUUGGAAAAAAAACUCCUUUGCAUUCUACUACUAUGCAUACUGCCAUAUAUUAAGCUUCUUAUUACAAGCAUUCUGUGAUAUAUAUUUCCGUACUUAGAUAUUUUUAAAUCCUUUGAUACAAUUUAAUAUUUUGUGUGUUUGUAAUGGUCCAGAUUUUGUUCAUUGUGUCACUCAUCCUUGAUGCUCUAGAAGUUACCAUUAAUUUCACUCUCUGCACCCCUAGAGCAUUAGAGUCCUAAGCAAAGUUAUUUGAUUGGACAAAAAUUAAACAGAACUGACCAAUCAAACACUGAUUGAAGAAUACAAAGGAGUGACACACAACAUCAAAACCAGUACAACAUAUAUUUGUACCCUGCAUCAAAGGAUCAAUUUAAUUUAAUCCUAUCCACAAGGUGUCACACAUGGAACUUCAAUUUUGCUGUGAAAUGUUCAAGAGAUGUAAAGAGCAAUACUGAGUGUAACCAUUGUAUUAUCAAGGGUGGUUCAACAGGUGUAGAGAGUAAUAGUAAGCAUAACCCGUGAAGUAUCAAGGAGGAUUGCAAGGGUGUAGCCAACGAUAAUGAGAAUAACUCCUGAAGUAUCAUGGAUGAACUUAGGGGUACAGAGAGUGAUGGUGAGCAUAACACCUGAAGACCUGAUGAUGGUUGUUGGGGAGUAUUGAGUUUAUAGGAUGGUUCUAGGGGUGUAGAGAGUGAUAGGUAGUGUAACCCCUGGAGUAUCGAGGAUGGUCCCAAGGUUGUAGAGAGUGAUAGUGAGUGUAACCCCUGGAGUAUUGUGGAUGGUCCCAGGGUUGUAGAGAGUGAUAGUGAGUGUAACCCCUAGAGUAUCGAGGAUGGUCCCAGGGUUGUAGAGAGUGAUAGGUAUUGUAACCUCUGGAGCAUAGAUUUUAUUGGAGGAUUCCAGGGGUGCAGAGAGCAAUAGUGAGUGUAACCCCUGGAGUAUUGUGAAUGGUUCCAGGGGUACAGAUAGCAAUAGUGAGUGUAAUCCCUGGAGUAUUGUGGAUGGUUCCAGGGGUGUAGAGGGAGAUAGCGAGUGUAACCCCAGGAGUAUUGUGGAUGGUUCCAGGGGUGUAGAGGGAGAUAGCGAGUGUAACCCCUGGAGUAUUGUGGAUGGUUCCAGGGGUGUAGAGGGAGAUAGUGAGUGUAACCCCUGGAGUAUUGUGGAUGGUUCCAGGGGUACAGAGAGCAACAGUGAGUGUAACCCCUGGAGUAUUGUGGAUGGUUCCAGGGCUACAGAUAGCAAUAGUGAGUGUAAUCCCUGGAGUAUUGUGGAUGGUUCCAGGGGUGUAGAGGGAGAUAGCGAGUGUAACCCCUGGAGUAUUGUGGAUGGUUCCAGGGGUGUAGAGGGAGAUAGCGAGUGUAACCCCUGGAGUAUUGUGGAUGGUUCCAUGGGUGUAGAGGUAGAAAGCGAGUGUAACCCCUGGAGUAUUGUGGAUAGUUCCAGGGGUACAGAGAGCAAUAGUGAGUGUAACCCCUGGAGUAUUGUGGAUGGUUCCAGGGGUACAGAGAGCAAUAGUGAGUGUAACCCCUGGAGUAUUGUGGAUGGUUUCAGGUGUGUAGAGGGAGAUAGUGAGUGUAACCCCUGGAGUAUUGUGGAUGGUUCCAGGGCUACAGAGAGCAUAAUCUUGUUUAGAUGUCUGGUUUAUUUAAGCUGAACAAUGGUUGUUUAUUUCUACUUAUUUCACUGUUUGUUUAGUUAAUCAUUAAUAAACACAUUUAACACAUUUAUGUUGCAAUAGAUGAAUAUAAAACACAAUAUAUAAAUCUAGAAUUGUUGACAUUAU